CCGAAGCCUAAACUCCACACUUCAAAGCUCCAUAGAAACCGGGACAGGCAAUAAGCCGCCAACGAGAGUUUUAUUAAAAAGCGAUGGAGUUUUGAUAAGGGUUUAAUUCUUCGCUAGAGCCGGCUGAUUGGGACUGGAGAUUUUAUUGCCGAGCGCGUCUCUCUGACAAUGUUAAAUUGCCGUUUUAAUUAAAGCGAGCAGCCCGCCUGAACCUUUCAGGAAAUUACUCUCUAAUCAUUGUUUCUGUGCUUCUGAUAUCCAGACUGUUGCCUCGCAACUCUCUCCCGAACCUUCCAUUUCACACCAGGUCGCGAAGGGGAGGGUGAAUCGCUACUUUUUAAAAAAAAUUAUUAAAAGCCUCGCGGUCCUGUUUGGGAGCCGCUUUUAAUCCAAAGCUCGACAUGAAACAAGCUGGAAACUGUGGAUCGUCUCUGAACCCCUCCGGGUACAACCUGAUGGUAAAGAUGUACCUGCCAGAUGCCGCUCAUGACAAUAUUCUCAAAGAAGGCAAACAUGGGACAUGGGGGUCCCUGACAUCCGGAGUACAGAAAGGCAGCGGGCAGAUCCAGCUGUGGCAGUUCCUCUUAGAAUUGCUGUCAGAUGGCUCCAACAUCAACUGCAUAACGUGGGAAGGAGCCAAUGGAGAGUUCAAGCUCAUUGAUCCAGACGAGGUGGCCAGGAGGUGGGGAGAGAGGAAGAGCAAGCCCAACAUGAACUACGACAAACUGAGCCGAGCGCUUCGUUAUUACUAUGACAAGAACAUCAUGACCAAAGUCCACGGCAAACGCUAUGCUUACAAGUUUGACUUCCACGGUUUGGCUCAGGUCUGCCAGCCCUCUGCCACCGAACACACGCUGUACAAGUUCCAGAGCAACUUGGCUCACCUCCCCUUCUCGGGCAUCCCCAAGCUCAACCUCGUGACGUCCAAUGUCUCCCCUUCGGGAUUCUCCUACUGGCCGGGUUCCAGCCCCGCCCUCUACCCUGGCCAUGGCCUGCAGCCCCCGACCCAUUUCAGUCCAGUCAGUGGGUCUCACGUUGGCAGCAUCAGCAACAUCGCUGGCAUCAACAAUAUGAACAGCCACUAUCACUGAAGGGGGCAUU